UUUUCUCGCUCUCUCGACCUAUGACCACUACAGUAGGGAUGGGUGUGUCCCGACCUCUCUUGGCAAUACGCGCCGGAAGGGAGGAGGACCUGUCUGUCUGACUGUCUGUCUGCCGCUCCCUCGCUCGGUCGGUCGGUCGGUGUGUCUGUCUGUGUGUCUGCCGUCGCGGUGCCACAGACGGGCAGAGCCGGCGUUUGCGAUGGGAGCUAGCUAACUAGGAAGGGCGACUACAGCUUUAAGUGAAAGAAAACGAAACAAGAAGCAGUCAGCGGUGCCGCUGGGUCGCUCAGCUAGUUUAGUGGGAUUACAGGGGAUUUCGAUAUGAUAUUUGUCAAACUAAUUCUCAUGUUUUGCUGCCUACAAGACAUCACAGGUCAGUUUGGGAACCGUUUGAACAAAUAUAUUCGCCAUUAUGAAGGUUUAUCGUAUGACACAGAGGCCCUGCACAACCGUCACCAGAGAGCCAAGAGGGCGCUGUCCACGGAGGACAGGACCGUGCAGCUGGACUUCCACGCUCACGGAAGAUAUUUUAACCUGCGGCUGAAAAGGGAUACAACUUUAUUUUCUCCAGAUCUCAUCAUCGAGGUAUCGGGGGAGGAGACGCCCUUCGAUACGUCACAUAUUUACAGCGGAGACAUCUUUGGAGAAAAAGGCACGCUGACCCAUGGCUCUGUGGUGGACGGACGCUUCGAGGGCUUCAUUAAAACCCACCAGGGAACGUACUAUGUGGAACCCUCGGAGAGGUACCUGCAGGACAAGAACGCUCCCUUCCACUCUGUCAUCUACCACGAGGAUGACAUCAAUUAUCCUCAUAAGUAUGGCUCAGAGGGCGGCUGUGCUGACCACUCAGUGUUCGAGAGGAUGAGGAAGUACCAGACGUCAGGAGCAGAAGAGCCUGGAAAAAGGCAGAACAGUGUGUUGGAAGAGGACAGCUCCCAUGGUCCUGUCAUUCUGAGGAGGAAGAGGGCAGCAGGGAAGGAGAAAAACACCUGCCAGCUCUUCAUCCAGACCGACCACCUCUUCUUCAAAUACUACGGCACAAGAGAGGCCGUCAUUGCCCAGAUCUCCAGUCAUGUGAAGGCGAUCGACUCCAUUUACCAGGCCACAGACUUCAUGGGCAUACGAAACAUCAGCUUCAUGGUGAAAAGGAUCAGGAUAAAUACCACCGAUGAUGAAAGGGAAAAGAGCAAUCCUUUUCGCUUCAGCAACAUCGGAGUGGAGAAGUUUUUGGAGCUGAACUCUGAGCAGAACCACGAUGACUACUGCCUGGCCUACGUCUUCACUGACAGGGACUUUGACGAUGGCGUUCUCGGCUUGGCUUGGGUCGGAGCUCCUUCAGGAAGCUCUGGGGGCAUCUGUGAGAAGAGCAAGCUGUACUCUGAUGGAAAGAGGAAGUCUCUGAACACUGGUAUCAUCACUGUGCAGAACUACGCCUCCCACGUCCCUCCCAAGGUGUCGCACAUCACUUUUGCUCAUGAGGUUGGGCACAACUUUGGCUCUCCCCACGACUCUGGGAUCGAAUGCACCCCCGGAGAGUCUAAGUUGCAGGACAAGAAGGAACAGGGAAACUACAUUAUGUACGCCAGAGCCACAUCAGGGGACAAACUCAACAACAACAAGUUCUCCAUCUGCAGCAUCCGCAACAUAACCGCCGUCCUGCAGAAGAAGAGAGACGAAUGCUUUGUUGAAUCUGGCCAGCCCAUCUGUGGCAACGGACUGGUGGAAGCUGGAGAGGAGUGCGACUGCGGCUACAGCGAUCAGUGUACGGACUCCUGCUGCUACAGCGCCAAUGAAGCAGAGGGCAGAAAGUGCAAACUUCAGCCAGGCAAAAUCUGCAGCCCCAGCCAAGGACCAUGUUGCACACGAGAGUGCACUUUCAAGGGCGCUAAUGACCGAUGCAGAGCGGAGUCCGAGUGUGCCCAGGAGGGCCGAUGCAAUGGAGCUACUGCUUUGUGUCCUACCUCAGAGCCAAAGCAAAACUACACGUCUUGUCACGCAGAAACACAAGUUUGCCUCAAUGGAGUCUGCUCUGGUUCCAUUUGUGAGAAAUAUAAACUGGAGGUGUGCACCUGCGCCAGCCAAGAUGGCAAGGAUGAGGCAGCUGAGCUGUGCCAUGUGUGCUGCAUGGAGAAAAUGAACCCCAGCACCUGUAGCAGCACAGGAUCAGAGAAAUGGGAGAAAUUCUUCAACAAGAGGGUGACCACGCUGCAGCCUGGCUCACCCUGCAACGACUUUAAGGGAUACUGUGAUGUCUUCAUGAGGUGUCGCCUGGUGGACGCCGACGGGCCUCUGGCACGGCUAAAGAAAGCCAUCUUUAAUGCAGAACUCUAUGAGAACAUUGCAGAGUGGAUAGUGCACCACUGGUGGGCAGUGCUGUUGAUGGGCAUUGCUCUUAUAAUGCUCAUGGCUGGUUUCAUCAAGAUCUGCAGUGUCCACACCCCCAGCAGCAACCCCAAACUUCCUCCACCAAAGCCACUGCCAGGUACGCUGAAAAGGAGACGACAACAGCAUGCAAACCAACAGUCCCAGGGCCAGCGCCACCACCGCCAGAACAGAGAGAACUAUCAGAUGGGACAGAUGAGACGCUGAGACGCUGCUCCGCUCUUUGCCUUGGUUCUUCUUAGUGCCUACAGUGGGAGCGCUUCACUCCAAAGAGUUACCUUUACCACAUACUGCAAAAUUCAAAGAACUUGCAACUGAAACAACUUUUAAUGGACAAAGCCCAAAGUGUUUUGGGGGGUCUAACAAACUCACUCAGCACCUCUGCUCCGAGAGCCAGAUCAGCAGUGGUUCACAUAGCUUUUAUAGGAAACAAAUGAUUUUUUCCAGGGAGGGACGGGGGGGGAAGAAAUUCACUGAUCUUUGUUAUGUGGUCUUAAUCUUACCGUUUUCCUCUGAAUGCUUUUUCAUCAGAGUGGAGGAGGAGGAGAGAAGCAGCUUCGUUCGCCUUCCUCUGUCCUCCAUCUGUGCAACUUUUCUUUCCUUUUCCUUUCCUGCCCGUCCUCUCCUAAAUGCUGCCAUCAUCAGCACAAUAGCGGGACUGCAAGUCACACGAGUUUUUCGCUGCCAAUCAAAAACAGCAUCCAGACGUUGAAAGAAAGCUUGUUUUUUUUGCCAAUGUGAUGAGAUUGUUUUAAAUCAACAACUGAAGCUUCUUUUUUUUUUUUUUUCCAUUUCUACGGCAUACAUGUUCUUUCCGUGUGUACAGUAGUGUUUGUUUUUUUUCUUUCAAUUGAAAUAGAUUUUCUGUGUAAUGAAGAUUAUUUACUGUUUUAAUUCACUUUCUCAGGAUCAAUAAAACAACAGCAAACAAGAGUAGAAGACGGCUGCAUGCGUAUUCAGGGUACAGUCCCUCCUGACGCCUGUCCAGACGGGUCGAGCCGCCCGGGUCGGCUUGUAUACGAACAGAAUGUAGACACGUGAGCCUAAUAAGAAUAUAGUGUCGACUGCUGCGGGAUUCAUUUGAUUUAUUUCUUGUUGUGAAACGACUUUGCAGUUUACAUAAAGGUAUAUAGUAUGCGCUGCCUGAAACACACAGUGAGAAAAUAGCUUUUUUAUAACCUGAUUGUAUCACACUUUUAUUCUGUCAUUGCUGUUUAUUUUUUUCCCUCCUAACUCGUCGCUUUGGCUCGAAUCUGUGACAAUUUGUGAAACCACUUUGUGCUACGUGUGUCUUUACAUUCAGAAUGAAAAAAAAGAAUGUGUUAAAACUGUGCAGACAAAGAAGCUUAGAUAAUUAACAGAAAAACAGGCGUCCUGCGUUUCCACUCCAUGUGAUGUAUCCACCUUGUUCUUAAAAGAAAAAUCAACCCCCCGUCGGUCAGAUCAUCCAGACCUCUGUAGCCGGUUAAGGAGCCUGUGUGGUUGAAAUAUGAUUGUGGAUUCUGCUUUUAUCGGUUUUAAUCGCAGUUCAGGUUAUUUGUUACACGUGUGGAGGAGCUGAAUCACUUUGGGGGGAAACUAGAGAUUCUAAUUUUACUGUUGCUUUGCUGCUGCUGCUAACAGAGCUGUUUAUCUGAGCGAACAAUCACCAUGCGUCAGCCAUCCACUACUGUUCUUUUUUUCCUCCUACUGACAUGGGUUUUCUCAAGGAGGCUUCGUUGCCCCUGUUCACCCUCUUGGUUCGUGUAAUUGCGUAAAAAAAAAUGUGCCUACUCAGAGCAGCAGCGUUGACAGAAGUUGUUAUGUCAGUGAUAUUUACCAAGGCUGGAGUAUUGCAUGAGGUGGCAGUUUGUCUGAUGUGGCUUAGGGCAUGGCAAUAUGUAAUAAACUAUAUCACCCAACAACAACAAGAAAAAAGAGAGAGAGAGGCAUAUUUAGAUUAUUAUAUCCAACAAAUGGUUUCCAGCUUUUUUUUAAAAAGAAUUCUUUGUCAUUUUCUUUUUGAAGCUAUAUUCCUGCCUGGCCCUAAUUUGGCUUAACUUGUGCGGUUCUCAGCCACGGUAGAUGAAAGCUAACGUCACUGACAGAUGGAUGAGACUGCAGGUUGAGUUGCUAGCGAAAUAUAGAAAUGUAUAUCUGUAGUUUCUUACCUUUAUUUUCGGAGGGAACAACUUACAAACAGAGUUGUUGUGCAAGGCUGGUGCAUUAUUGAUCAGAUAGAUUCUAUGCAGAGUAUCACGGGGGCUCCACAGUCGGCCUCUUCGCAGAGAAAUGCCUUCUAUGUGUUCUCCUGAAUGGGUACAUGGGGAAAAUUCAUUUGCGUGUUCAUGACAUCGUAGUUACUCGUGUCCGUGUGCUGCUUGCAGAGUUUCUGAGCAGUGAAAAAUGCCGUCGCUCCUUUUACUGAUUUUGUCUUUUGUUGGUGCUACUGGUCGUGCUUUUUCUUGGGUCAGCGCUUAAAGUAUAUUUUUCAUUAUCAAAUUUUACAGCUUUUAUGUGUGUGUGUGUGUGUGUGUGUGUGAGAGAGAGAGAUGCUUUGCUGAGUCGUUCUUUUACUUGUUGACAUUAUACGAUAAUGGGGGUAAUACUGGGUGAUGGGGGUUCAUACUCUGGGAAUUUUUGUUCUUUCGUUCACAUGUGUUGCUUUGAUGUUGAGAAAAUGUGCACUGAACAGUGAUGUAAACAGAGAAUCCAAAAUGUUCUAGAUUCUGUACUACUGUCUGAUUUCAUGUCUCUUUUGUUUUAUACAGUGUCUUUUUUUGUUUGUAUUUGUUUGUUUGUUUGUUUCUCCAUUCUGCUUACUUUGAAAAUUUUAUUAUAUUUGCAAAGGUAUUGUGCAAAAAUAUAAUUUCUUUUGAACUACUUGAAAUGCAUUAAUAAACCAGAAUUGAUCAAG